AUGGCGAGCAAUGAUUCGGUGUCCCAGAAAGGUCUCUCCCCAGGUAAAGGACCUAGAAGCAUGCUGCCGACUGAGAAGGUGUUUUCGAUCCAGAUCGGGACCGAGCUCUUUCGUCUAUCUGGAGCUUCGAUCGCGUCCGAUGCCCCGUCGUACUUUUCCAAUUUCUUUGAAGAGCAAUUGCGCCAGAAUCCUGAGGGGUCGAACAUCCGCACUCUCUACAUCGAUCGGGACCCAGAUACCUUUAGGGAGAUCGCCAAACAUCUACAGGGGUAUCAUGUCCAACCCAACGAUGAGUCGCAAUUCGUGCGAUUGUUUGCGGAUGCCCAAUUCUACAGCUUACCGCGAUUAAUCUCCCAGCUCUUCGAGUCGGAAAUCUUCAUCCAGAUCGGCGAGCGCCAUUUUCAGAUCCCUCGCGACAUCUUUUCCGGACCCGGCGACUCGCCCAAUUUCUUCUCGCUCGGGUUCGGCGCCUUCUUCGCGAGCCCGUCCCAGAUCUUCCCGGGCCUCGACCGGCACGGCCUCCUCCGUCCCCCCGCCAUCACACCCCCCUGCGUGCCGAACCGCUCCGGCGACGUGUUCGCACAACUCCUGCACCUGCUCCGCGGGUACCCGCUCUCCAUCCGCGACGAAGAACACCGCGCCGAGCUCCUCCGCGACUGCCGCUACUUCCACCUGCGCGGGCUCGAGCAGAAACUCAUCCCGCACCACAUCAGCUCCAACCCGCUCAGAAACCGCUCCGAGAUCGUCCUCCGGCUGGACGACCUGCGUCCGUCCGGCGUACAGUUCGCGCGCGAUGCGGGCCCCGGCGCCGAAACCACGAUGGCCGGCUCCGUGGCGUACGCGCGCCCCUUCGUCGACGAGACCGCCCACGACCUGAUCAUGGAGAUCGGCGAGGAGAACACGAUCCUCGAUCUCAACGUCAUGCGCGCCAGGUUCCUGAACCUGGCCAAGGCGCGCAUGUCGAGUCUGGUGCAGGUAAUCGCGGGGAAAAUCGGCCUGGAGGAUAAGAGUCCGUUGUACGGGGCCGGGAGGGCAGAGUAUCCGUCCUCAGUGUCGCAUGGAGAGAGCUUGUCGGUGAGGUUGGAGAGGGGGACAGACAUCGUCGUGAACGGACGACCGGUGGAGACGUCCGAGCUGGUGAGCCGCGCGGGCGCGUCCGCUGAUGCUCCGCCCGCGAAGCGCAAGCGGGGAGACGCGGCAGAGGAGACGGAGCACUGGAUCGUGAGGAAUGGGCAGUGGCGGCUGCGCAUUGAGGCGGGCGGGCUGGCGGGGGCUCGCCCUGAGUUGACGCUGGUGGCGGUCAAGUUGGAUAUCUACACGGAGCAGCGGAUACGGAAUCGGUCGCGGGCAUUUCUCGGGUCGUAA